CUCUGCCUUCCCCCUCCCCAGCAUCUUGACGUCAGGAGGAAGGAGUGUGUGUGUGAAGCUCAGGGUGCACAUCAGACACACCAAAUAUUUUAAAUUCAUCAGGAGGCAGCGGGCAGCCCAGCUUGGAAAGAAGGGGGGUGCUGAGGACAAACCCAGAGCUAGGCUGUCCAAGGAAGAGGACUGCUGCUCUCCAUCAGGUUGAAGUAAGAGCUGAAAGACUUUGAGUCUCUGUCUUCUGUUUCCUGUCAUCACCUCUUCCCUCCACGAGUCGGAGAAGCCUGUCAACCACACCAUGUCAUCUGACUCCACCACCCCACCAACAGUACCACCACUCCACUCGCCAAAGUCGCCUGUUUGGCCUACUUUUCCAUUUCAACGGGAGGGAAGCCGGAUCUGGGAGCGGGGCAAUCUCCUUCUUCGGGACUUGCCCAGCCCUCUCCCCACCAAGAGAACCAGAACAUACUCUGCGACGGCUCGUGCCUCAGCUGGUCCUGUCUUCAAGGGUGUCUGUAAGCAGUUCUCACGCUCCCAGGGCCAUGGUUUCAUCACCCCAGAGAAUGGCACAGAGGACAUAUUCGUACAUGUGUCUGACAUUGAGGGGGAGUAUGUCCCAAUGGAAGGAGAUGAGGUCACGUACAAAAUCUGCCCCAUUCCGCCCAAGAACCAGAAGUUUCAGGCUGUGGAAGUGGUGCUCACCAACCUGGCCCCCCACACAAAGCAUGAGACAUGGUCUGGCCAAAUCAUUGGCUCCUAGGUUCUUGUGGGGUCUAUGGGCUGGCUCGGCCUAUAGGCAGGGUUGGAUGUGUGUGCCUGGGUGUGUGGGAGACAGUCUGGCACAGCUGGGGUAGAGGAGGAUGGGCCGGGAUCACGUUUCUUGUCUGCCAAGUGGCAUGUAGAUGUAUACAUUCUGUGUCUUUUAUAAGAUUACAUUUUUCUUUGUAAUUGUGUUGUUCGAGGGGGGAGGGGAAGGCAGAGCUGCUGAUAGGGUGGAUUCCACUUUCUCUUACGUAGCACAAGCUCUUACGGUCUCUGAUCAGGGAUGCAGACAGAAGACUCCUUUUUUACUUUGGUGGUAGGGAGAAGGUGCACACAGCAGGGGCUGGCAACGGUUCUUUCUUUAUCGCACUGCCCACACUAUCCAGACCCAGUGUGGACUCCCCACCCUGCCCAAAGCCUGAUUUCCUCAAUUAGCUCCAAAUUCUCCAUCCCCUUCCUGAUGUCAGGUGCCAGGACAGCCCAGGGUCCAGCUCCCCGCACUGACUCCCUUGUGAACUGAAGAAGGGGCUGAGGGGAGCAAAGGGAUGGUGUGACUAUGUCUGGAGGCACUCUUCCUUUGAGAGGCAGUUCCAGCCCCAAAUGAUCUUGAACAAGCACUUUGAUUGACAACUACAUCUGUGAGGUCUGGGAUUGCCCCUGAAGGUAGGCAACCAUUGAUCCUCUGGAUCAUGGUGUAUGCGUAAGAGAUCUAGUCAGGUGUCUGAUGAAUCCGCUUGUACGGAGUCCUGCAAUCAUCACACCAAGACCUUCAACACAUACUGGUUUUAUCCCCAUUCCUGAAGACAGGUGUGUGGGCAGGGAGAAAGCGGGGAGUGGAAAAAUGCGGGGCACCUCACCUCCUCCAAGUCAUUUGACAUGGCCUUCCCAUGCACUCAGCACUGCUGCAGAGUGGACAGCCAUGCCCCAUGGGCUCUGGGCAUGCCACCCCCCCAGGUGGACAUCACCUCUGUCUGCAGAGCUGGGCAGAGGCAAGAGAUAUCAUGUGGCUCUGUGUGUAUGUGGGGGUAGGGGACAGUGGAUUGUAUCAUUUUGCAGUUUACACCCUCUGCCACCAUCCUCUCUUCUGCCGCACGUCACGGGGACAGGCUGUAGCUCAUUAAUAGGGAGGGAAUCCCCACUGUUUUAAUUUUUAAAGCAGUUUUAUAGCCUCUCACUGCCAAGAGCAGGGGUUUGGGGGUCAGGAGACUUGGACUGUAUCCUGCACAGACUCACAGCAGGGUGUUGAGCAGGUCCCCUAGAUAACAACUGAAGAGAUCUCUGACUGUUCUUUGAUGCUUCAGGUUUUGGAGGUCACCUUGGCCCCCCUGAUUUACCUGGCAAUUUGGGCGCUCAGAACCACUAAAAAUCAGGUCCUAGGUGUCUUGGUGUGUGCUCUUUUGAAAAUGUUGGCCUGAAUCUCUGUGCCUUCAUUUCCCCAGUGGGGCCAUGAAAUCUCUUUCCCUCAGCCUCUCCCUGCCCUUUGGUAAAACACUGUGCACAAACCCCUGGAAGUGCUGUUUGGUUUUACAUUCUUACUCAGGCACCUUUCAAAGUAUCACAGGUCAACAGCACCGUGCAGGUUUCUGUAAGGUUUUGCUUGUUUUGAGGGGCAGGGGGGAAGAGCAAGAAAAAGAGCCAACCCAGGCAGCAUUGGGAAGAAAGCUAGAACAGGACUGUACAUCAGUACUGGGGAGCACAUCAGUAUGAUUCCUGCUCCAGUCCUGCAGAUUCACCAAAUACUAGCUCAAAUGCCAUCUUUUAAUCUUCCACUGCCAGUGCUAAUGAGCUACACACUCAGUAACUCUCCUGCUUUAGGAUAAACAUAUUCAUUUUCUUAAAGCAGCUUUAAUCUAUUAAGGGUUUGCGAAUACAAAAUGUAAACUUUUUUUAGUUCCCUCUGGCCCCAAAUGGUGCCUUCUAGUCUCCAUGCCCCCCCAGCAUCACACAAACACUGCAGGUUCACUCCUGUCUGAGUGUCUAGUUGUUGUGGCAACUUGCUCUCCAUCUCUCUGACCUCAUGGAUUUCUAUGACCUAAUUGAUGUAGUUGCUAUGGUAGCAUGAUGUACUGCAUGCACAGGUCACACUCUUGUCACAGGGUGGGGAAGCCUGUGCCAGUCCUGGGCUGGGAUGGGCUGUAUGGUUGACAAAGGAAUUGCCAACACCCAAAUAGCAGCACCAUGGACUCUGCAAUGGAGCAUGACCUGUGAGGCCUUGUUUCCUCCAUUCCUUCCCAUAUGCUGCACAAUCCUUCUUUGCCAAGCACAAGAUUGACUAGCAACUAGUGCCCUGUGCUGCUGCGUGGCCAGAGACCUGGGGCUGACUCUCUCACUGCACUUCUGCUGUGCUACUAGAUGUGGCGAGCACUUUUUCUGAGACAGAGCUGGCCUGAAUUUUGGGCAAUGGCUUCCUUCCCCUUCCCCUCUGUCAGCCCAAAUUCCCUUGAGAAUCCCCUUUUGUAUGAGUUUAUGUAGCUUGCUGCGGGGUGGGGAGUGAGGGAGAUGGAGUGGGGUGUAGGCAGCAGUAUGUAGUCUAGGGUAGUAGUGUAGCUGGCCAUGCAAUUCAUGGUAAGAGUUUAACUGCUUAGCUGUGCCUCCUUAUUCACUGCUUCCUCCAGUUAUGUUGUGUGGGUCUAUGCAGGCACCUCCCCAUCCCCUCGGUGUAGACAGGGUCACUUCUAAAGCACAAACUUUAUUUUUGGUCUUCUCUUAAAUGUCUUGACCAGGUGGACUCCCAAAGCAACUUGCAAAGGGCAGGGAGUGGUUCUAUGCAGAGUAUGGCUGGCAUGACUUUUCAUGGCAUUGGUGGGCACAUUCUAGGCUGCCAGGGGUCUAGCCAGGAUCUGCAGCUCUGAGAAUCCUUUGAAGACUGCAAAACUGUGGUUUCAUCUCCUAAGCCCCGUGAUGGUCCUAAGGGUUAGGCAGCUGGCACUGUGUGGAAGCUGUUCUCACACAGCAACACUCAUGGGUGGUGGGAGCUAGGUCAAGUUUGCCAAGCGACAUGCUGCCCUCUCUGUGGAAGCUGAGGGGCUGUGCACUCUAGAAACUGACAGUGAGAGCCUGGGCCUGUGAAAAGGGAGGGGCAGAAAAAUGUUGUGCGUCUGUUUUAUGUUUAAAAAUAGGGCAGUGUUUUCCACUCUGGCUUCUCUUGUUACCACUGGAACAUGGGCUCAGCCAUGAACUGGUGGUGAUGGGGGGGGCUAUGCCAUCCUGUCAAGACUAUAUGGAAGCUAUAAGGAUGCCUAUUUAGUGCCUAGAUACCCUGGAGACUGGCUCAAAUAAAUGGAGGAUGGAGAGCCUUCCUGGGGACAUAGGCCCAGCAAGCUUGGUGUGCCAGCUCCUUGCUGCUGCCUUUCCUGAGUGGGCUCAGGCUCUACCAUGUGCUGUUCUGCCAGCUACACCCCAGUGAGCAACAUGAGGAGCCCUGUGAGUUUCCAGGGAGCCACAACCUUGCUAUCCUACUCCUGAAGCCAUGCUGUUCCAAGGCCGCAGGCUGUUAGUAAGAUGCGACUCUGCCACUGAAGUCAAUGGCAGAACUCCUACUGGCGUUGCUGUGAGUGGGAUUUGGCCUGUCUGAAGGAUUCAUGCAAGGGACUGACAGCCUCUGGAGAGGACACGUGAUUGGUUUUAUACACUGUGAGUGUAUGUAGGCAUGCACAUGCAUGUGAGAGAAAUGUCAUAGAGGGCAAGAAUGGCUGAAGGAGGAAGGGAUAUUUUAACCAGCUCAUCCAUGCCAUCAUAUGCCCAUAACCCCUGAAGACAAACACAUUAGGGUCCACAAGGAAUUACUCCUUCCUCCUUACAGUCUAUGGGGCCUGCCCCGAGUCCUGGACUAGCCCCUGGGACUCCUCAUGGCUGUUUUGUGCACAGAGUGGAUGUCAAUGGGUGCACAUCUGCACUCCAGCCACUGCCUGCAGAGCACAGCACCCACGGGUCAGAGGCAGCUGCCCCUCCCAGGUGUCUCCCUGGAACAUACAGUCGGUGUGGCCAAGACAGACUUUCUGAUUCUUUUGGAAAUAAACUAAAACCUAGAAGUGUUUGUGUUUUGAAACCUCUGGUGUGGUUCCUGCCUGUCUGACCUUGUGUCAAACCUUUGUAACACUGGCAAUAAACCAUUAAAAGUGACUUUCCCAUGA